ACUGGUUUGGUGUUUUUUUUUCUUUUCCCACCCCAGAACUCGGCUGGAUCUCUAAAGUGCAUGUGAAUCAACCUGAAGUUGUGAGGCAUGCAGAACAAAUUAAAAAAUGGAGAACUGUGAAAGGUAAUUGGCAAGCUGCUUGGCUGCUGAAAGCCGUCACCUGCAUCGACCUCACCACUCUUGCAGGAGAUGAUACUCCUUCAAAUGUUCACAGACUGUGCUUUAAAGCAAAGCAUCCCAUCAGAGAGGAUCUUCUGAAAGCCUUGGACAUGCUUGAUAAAGGUAUUACUGUCGGGGCAGUUUGUGUAUAUCCCAUGAGAGUCUCCGAUGCUGUUAAUUCCCUAAAGGCUGCUGGCUGUAACAUACCAGUAGCUUCAG